CCUGCGCCGCGAGGGCUACACGGUGCAGGUGAACGUGAACGACUACCUGGACAUUUACUGCCCGCGCUACGACGAGGCGCCGGGGCGGCGGGCGGCGGACGGAGCGGCGGCGGAGGGACACGCGGAGCAGUACGCGCUGUACAUGGUGGACGCGGAGGGAUACCGCACGUGCAACAGCAGCGGCGGCUCCAAGCGCUGGGAGUGCCGGCGGCCCGCGGCGCCGCGAGGCCCCGUGAAGUUCUCCGAGAAGUUCCAGCGCUACUCCGCCUUCUCCCUGGGCUUCGAGUUCAGGGCCGGCCGGGAGUAUUACUACAUCUGUGGGUACCGCAUAGCGCCGCCCCAUAAGCGCGUCACCCCAUUGCAUGGACCUAUAGAAAUGCCCCAUAGCGACACUGCCCCCCAGCGGCGGCCGGGAGUAUUACUACAUCUGUGGGUACCGCAUAGCGCCGCCCCAUGAGCGCGUCACCCCAUAGCGCGGCCCUAUGGAAAUGCCCUAUAGCGACACUGCCCCCCAGCGGCGGCCGGGAGUAUUACUACAUCUGUGGGUACCGCAUAGCGCCGCCCCAUGAGCGCGUCACCCCAUUGCAUGGCCCUAUGGAAAUGCCCUAUUGCGACACUGCCCCCCAGCGGCGGCCGGGAGUAUUACUACAUCUGUGGGUACCGCAUAGCGCUGCCCCAUGAGCGCGUCACCCCAUUGCAUGGCCCUAUGGAAAUGCCCUAUAGCGAUACUGCCCCCCA